AUGCUGUGCCCCAUGUUCGCCGUGGCGCUGGUGGUGGGCCUGGGGCCCCUGCUGGUGGGCGCCUUCCCCCAGGACGCCCCGAAGAAGACUUGCCGCCUCUCCCAGUACGGGUCCCUGGUAUCUUCCGAGUUGAUGGCGGUGCAGAAGUUGAGGGAGUACUUUGAGGACAUCAUGCUGCUAACAGACCGAAAAUGCAGCACCAGGCUCUUCCAUCGGAAGUGGAAACCCAACGAGCUGUCGGUGCCCGACCGACUCCUCCUGGUGGAAGCCGAGCUGGACCUCACCGUCGCUGUGCUGGCACACCCCACGGUCCACAAGCUGGCCAAGAUGAGCCAGCAGCCACUGGCUUUCCUGACCCAAGCCCGGGAGGACCUGCGAGGCUGCGUGGCCGCUGAGGCUCCUUCGCAUCAGCCCUCUGGGAAACUGAGGCACUGGCUGCAGAAGCUGGAGACGGCCAAAAAGACGGAGACCGCCGGCUGCCUGGAGGCCUCCACCAUCCUCAACCUCUUCCAAGUGCUGAACGACCUGGGGUGCGUGGCCAUUCCGGAGCGGUGCACGUAG